AUGUAUGAGUACAUCUUCCACUCGAUGACCAGUUCGUUCCGGUCAUCAAGGGAGUAUGCACUCCUCCCGAUGGCCGGAACGAACCGGUCAUCUAGAGGUAGAUAUGAUGACCGGUUUGUUCCGGUCAUCUUGAUGAGUACACCCUCUCGACCACCGGUUCGUUCCGGUCAUCUUGAGGAGUACACCCUCCUCUCGAUGACUGGUUCGUUCCGGUCAUCGGGAGGAGUGCAUACUCCCUUGAUGACCGGAACGAACUGGUCAUCGAGUGGAAGAUGUACUCCUCAAGAUGACCGCAACAAACCGGUCAUCGAGAGGAGUGGAUCCUCCGGUCAUCUUGAGGAGUAG